GUCUGUAGUUGUCGUGAUCAGUGAUCUAGUCCUUACGCCUUGUUCAUGCUGGUUUGCACAGCGUCGGCUGCCACACAAAUUAAGUAAUUUAUUGAAAUCAAAUUAUUUAGUAUAAGAUCAAAAUGUCUGCCCCUGAUAAAGAUGAAUUAGUUCAAAGAGCCAAGCUCGCUGAACAAGCAGAACGCUAUGAUGACAUGGCCUCAGCAAUGAAAUCCGUCACGGAAACGGGAGUAGAACUCAGCAAUGAGGAAAGAAACCUUCUGUCUGUUGCUUACAAAAAUGUUGUUGGUGCCAGGCGAUCUUCCUGGAGGGUAAUUUCUUCAAUUGAACAAAAGACUGAAGGUUCAGAAAGGAAACAGCAGAUGGCCAAAGAGUACAGGGAAAAGGUUGAGAAAGAACUCAGAGAAAUAUGUGAUGAUGUUCUUGGACUUCUGGAUAAAUACCUGAUCCCAAAAGCUAGCAAUGCAGAGUCUAAAGUAUUUUACCUAAAAAUGAAAGGAGAUUACUACAGGUACCUUGCAGAAGUUGCCACAGGAGAUACAAGAAACACUGUGGUGGACUAUUCCCAGAAAGCAUACCAGGAUGCGUUUGAAAUCUCUAAAGCCAAGAUGACACCUACACACCCCAUCAGGUUGGGCCUGGCGCUCAACUUCUCAGUCUUUUAUUAUGAGAUAUUAAAUUCUCCAGACAAAGCUUGUCAGCUGGCGAAACAGGCCUUCGAUGACGCCAUCGCCGAAUUGGAUACACUAAAUGAAGACUCAUACAAGGACAGUACCCUCAUCAUGCAGCUCCUCCGAGACAACCUCACACUUUGGACGAGUGACACACAAGGUGAAGCAGACGAGUCUCAGGAGGCGGGUGAUAAUUGAAGUGUGGCGUCCGAUUUUAAAAUUAUUCGUUGAAAUAAAAUGAAAUUUCAUGUAAGUUAACGUAUUCGUGGAACUUGGUUGUGAAGUUUCAUUGACAGUUUGGAGUUUCACUUGAUGAAACUUUUGAUAUUUAAUAAUGUUUUUAGGAGAUAUGUAAAAUCGUUAAAUUUUUAUUCACAUUUUCACACAACCAGCAAAAUUUUCGCAACAAAUAAUCUUAAGCCAUAAAACAAAAAUAAAAACAUUAUGGAAUUAUAUAUAUAUAUUAUUGAUGAGUAUGCAUAUAUGAUAACAUAAUUUCCAUAGCUGAAGUUGUGUGAUUAAUGUAAAUUUUUCUGCAUCAAGUUUGUUUUAUAUUCAUAUUACGAGGUUUUUAAUUUUUUAUAUAUUAUAUAUAUAUCAUCUAUCUCCUUCCUGAUGUGAACAAUUUAUUUGAAAUUUCAGCACUUUUUAAGUUCUAACUUGUUAACUAUUAAAAUUAUUAUUU